AUGGGGAGCGGGGGGACGGCCUGGAAGCGCCAAGGGGGGCCCCCCCCCCCCCCAGCGCAGCUGGCACCCGCAGCACCGGGACCCGCUCCGGCAGCACCCACUGAUGGCUGGAGCUCGCCGGUACCCCCCGGUACUGGUGUUACUGGUCUGGGCUGGGACGGUGACGGCGGGGGAACCGGUGGGAACCGCAACGACCGGGCGGUGGGGGCCCUGCUGGGGCUGCUGCUCUGCCUGGCCGUGGGGCUGGCGCUGGCCUGGCACCAUCUUUGCCGCCUCUCGGCCGGGCGUUAUCACCCCAGGCCCAUGGGCCGGCGGGCGCUGGAGCUGCUGAGGGGACGCUGGCACCGGCUGCGAGGACAAGGUGACACGGGGCCGCAGUCCUGCCAAGGGGACGGGGAGGUGGCAGCCCCCCAGGAGGAAGAAGAGCUGAUGCCGUGGAGCCAGGAGCAGCGGCUGGAGGAGAAGGAGGAGGAGGAGGAGCGGGAGGAAGAGGAGGAGGAGGAGGAGGAGGCCGAGGCGGCCCCCCAGGGCGGGGAGAGCCCCCCUCAGGGUGGGGAGCCGGCGGCGGGGGGCAGCGCCGAGGUCCUGCUCAGCGACCUCCAUGCCUUCUCGGGGACGGCGGGCUGGGGGGAGGCACGGCCACAUGUCACCGCCCUGUGAUGUCCCCUCCCUGCGAUAGCCCCACCCUGUGAAUGUCCCCACCCUAUGAAUGGCCCCACCUUAUGAAUGGCCCUGCUCUGUGAUGGCCCUGCCCUGUGACAGCCCCUACCUGUGAUGUCCCCACCCUGCGACAGCCCCACCCUGUGAUGUACCCUCCUCGCAAUGUCCCCUCCCUCUGAUGUCCCCACCCUAUGAAUGGCCCAUCCCUGUGACAGCCUCUACCUGUGAUGUCCCCACCCUGUGACAGCCCCGCCCUGUGAUGUCCCCUCCCUUCUGAUGUCCCCUCCCUACGAAUGGCCCUGCCCUGUGAUUGUCCCCACCCUAUGAAUGGCCCCUCCUUGUGAAUGGCCCCGUGUGAAUGGCCCCGCGUGAAUGGCCCCGCGUGAAUGGCCCCGCCCCUCUUACAGGGGACCCCGCCCUCCUGCCCACUCCCCCCCCCCCAGCGCAGGCUCCUGAUUGGCUGGACCAGCCUGGGCAUCAACCAAUUA